AUGCUUCUCAAGGCUAUUGACAUCGGCGCUGCAUCACAGGCCGAUCUUCAGAAUGCUUCAAACAUCAGCCGGAGCCCUGGGGGGUUACCCCUGGCGCUAGCUCAGAUUGGUGGUUUUGUUACUCAACGCAAGUUGUCUUUGCAAGAGGUCCUCCCGCUAUAUGAGCGUUACGCCGCCAAAAUCGACGCCCGGAAGGCUCCUAGAAGCGACUACGAACAUACCCUGAGCACUGUGUGGGAUGUCUCAUUCCAAAAGUUAUCAGCAAACCCCACUCGACUUCUCUACUUAUUAUUUUACUUCGACCCGGAUGGUAUCUCAGAAGACAUCUUGAUCCAUGGUUCUGAGGGCCUCAGCGAAAGUUUUGCAUUCCUAUCAGAUGAACUUGACCUAGGUGAUGCUUCGGAAGAGCUUGGACCUGAGGAUCCCUUCAUUGCCUAUAGUCUUAACAACAUCACGCUGGCAUAUACUGAGGUGAACGCACUGGAUCUGGCCUGUGAGACUCAUCAGGAGGCCAUUAGACUCCGACCGAAGGCGAAUAGCGACAGAAUCGGCAAUUCAUACAGCAACAUGUCGAGUCUACUUCUCCGCAUGGGCCGUCCGGAUGAAGCAGAGGAGAUGCUCGCAAGAUGUCCCUCCCUGAAGGACUUCACUGUUGAGACCUUUCUGAGCACUGGAUAUCCUCGCUUCUCAGGGGACAUGGUCUUAUUGUCGCGUAUUCGUCUGGCUCAGGGGCGGACGAACGAGGCCUUGCGGCUGGCAUCAAAAGCACUGGCCUUUCCCUCGAUGCUGUACCGGGAUGGCCACGUUAGCUCAGCUGUUAACCUGCUGGAGGUUGUUGUUGGGAUUUCGGAGACUCCGGUCGAAGGACAAGGACAGCAAGCUCGUGCUCUAUUCAAGCUUUCUCAGAUACAGGGGGAGAAUGGAAGAGAGGCUGAAAGCGCGGCUCUCCAGGAACGGGCUGUUUAG